AAUUUCUUCGUUACUUUUAGUCAACUUUAAAGAGUUUGCUUAGAAGAUGGAAAAGUGAGGUACUAUUGAAUAUUCAAGAAGAAGACAUACCAAAUGAGAAUCGCAAUAUCUUUUGCUGAUUUGAGACCAAAACGAUUGUUGACUCUAAUGGCGGAUCGAAGUCGGAUCAGAGGCUUUCUUAGAGAAGAACAUGUGACGUAUGCUUCCAUUCUUCUCUACAUCACUCUCUCUAGCGGUCAAAUCUUCUUCAAUAAGUGGGUAUUGUCAUCUAAGGAAAUAAACUUCCCUUAUCCACUUGGAUUGACAUUACUUCACAUGACUUUUUCCUCUGUUUUGUGUUUUCUCCUCACGAAGGUUUUUAAGGUCAUGAAGGUUGAGGAAGGAAUGACAUUAGAAAUAUAUGUUACAUCAGUUAUUCCAAUAGGUGCAAUGUUUGCAAUGACUCUAUGGUUAGGAAACACUGCUUAUCUCUACAUAACUGUUGCAUUUUCCCAAAUGUUGAAAGCCAUCAUGCCUGUUGCUGUGUUUAUACUUGGAGUUUGUGUUGGGCUUGAAAUAAUGAGCUGCAAGAUGCUUUUGAUAAUGUCAGUCAUAAGUUUUGGCGUUUUAGUCUCGUCUUAUGGUGAAUUAAACAUCAACUGGGUUGGAGUUGUUUACCAAAUGGGUGGUAUUGUUUCAGAAGCCUUGAGGCUAAUCUUAAUGGAAAUUCUUGUUAAGAGGAAAGGCAUCAAAUUAAAUCCACUCUCUCUUAUGUACUACAUGAGCCCAUGCAGGUAUUGUGAAAAUCAAAGAACCCUAUUCUCAUUAUUUAUUUUUUUAAUUUGAAGAAAUCAUAAAAUUCACCAAUUUAAUAAAGUUUUUUUUUUUUUUUUAAACUUUUGUGGACUUUUACUUUUCUACUUUUAAAAGAAUCCCAAUUUUUUUUUUGCUUGUAUUGAUGUGUGUGUUGCAGCGCGAUUUGCUUGUUCAUACCAUGGAUAUUUCUUGAGAAGUCGAAGAUGGAUACAUGGAACUUUCAUGUUCUUGUCUUGAGUCUUAAUUCGCUAUGUACAUUUGCUCUCAAUUUGUCGGUUUUUCUUGUGAUAUCUCGAACAAGUGCUCUUACUAUCCGAAUUGCUGGCGUGGUUAAAGAUUGGUUGGUUGUUUUGGUCUCAGCUCUUCUCUUUGCCGAGACAAAACUCACAAUCAUCAAUCUCUUUGGUUAUGCCGUUGCCAUCGUUGGUGUAGCUACGUAUAACAACCAUAAGCCAAAGAACGGUGAAAGCAUAACGUUGGUUUCUCAAUCUCCGAAAAACUCCGACAAGAAACCCGAUGGCCCAUUAUAGCAUUUUUCAACAUAAGAGAGGUAACACAUGACAUAUAGAAAGAACCAUUUUUGUACUUAGGAAAAUUGUUAUCUAUCAUACAAUUUUUUAGGAGCAUCAGAAAAUAAAGGAAUCUUAAGCAGAAAGUCCGAGGAGAGUGUAACUGGGAAUACAAUUUUUAAAGGAUUUCUUGGCUAUAUUUGUUUAGUUCCUAUCUCUAUAUUCGAAUUUUUCCAAUCAUAUUAAAGAUUAAAGCAUUUUUUC